AUGGCAUCAAUGUCCAUGAUGGAGAAACUGGGACUACCUCCUUUUCUACAGGGCAUGAACUCGACUUCGCUGCCCUUCAACUCCUCGGCGGGGUUCCCAUCCGGCAUCAUGGACACCUUUCUCGUGUCCGCCGGCCAAGCCUCGCCGCUACUCCAGCUAUUCCUCUUCGUCUACCGCUUCAUCGGAGCUCAGUUGGGUCUCGAUCCAUCCAUACUCCUGACGUUCCUGGGCUGUCUCUGGGGUUUGUCCAAGCUGUUCGACCAGGUGUACGCCUUUGUGGACUACUUCAUCAGCCUGUACUUUCGGUGCACCAUCUGCGUCAGCGAGACUGAUCAGAUGUACACGAACCUGAUGCAGUUUCUGUCUGAGCAGCAGGACAUUGCGACGAAUCGACACCUCACGGCGCAGACUGUUUUCAAGAGCGCGUGGGAUGAGGAGGAGGAUUCGGCAAAGUUUCUGGCGACGACGAGUGUUGACGAUGAAGAGGACUCUCCAAAGUAUCUCAACUUUGCUAGUCAGGCAGCUCGAUGCAGCCCUCGCUAUGUUCCGGCCAUGGGAACCACUGGGUUUUGGCACAACGGGACCUACUUCAAGGUGAACAGAAGAAGAGAGUCCUUGCAGAGUAGUAACUCCUGGGUCAGUCAGAAGGACGUCGAGGAGCUCAAGAUUUCUUGCUUUGGCCGAUCGAUUAACCCUAUCAAGCAGCUUCUAGCAGACGCCAAGACAGCCUACUUCCUCGACACUCGGCAGAAGACGACAAUCUACCGGCCUAGGAACAAGGAGAGUCGUCGUGACGCCUGGAGCAUGUGGCAGCAGGUCGCAAGACGGCCCAUCCGCCCGAUGCGCACCGUGGUCCUGGAGAAGGAGGAGAAGCACGACAUCCUGAGAGACAUCAACGAAUACCUGCACCCUGCGACUCCUAGGUGGUACGCGUCUCGCGGUAUUCCUCUCCGCCGGGGUUACCUCUUCCACGGCCCUCCGGGCACAGGAAAGACUAGCUUCUCCUUUGCGCUGGCUGGCGUUUUUGGUAUCGACAUUUAUGUCAUCAGCUUGCAGGACCCUACGAUCGGCGAGGAAGAUCUGGCUGUUUUGUUCACGAGGCUUCCUCGUCGGUGCAUUGUUCUUCUGGAGGACAUUGACACGGCUGGUCUGCGUCGGCCGGCUGACGAUGAUAAAGAUGACGAUGAAGAAAAGAAGAGUGAAAAGGACACUGAAAGCAAGAGCGACGAAAAGACAAAGAAGGAAAAGACGACCAAGGAAAAGAAGGCCAAGAAGGCCAAGGACGACACAACCGACAGCGACUCCUCCAGCUCCGAGGAAGACCGCAAGAGACGCAAAAAGAACAAGAAGAAGAAGGGCAGUAAGAACAAAGAGAGCACGACAAGCAGGACUACUAAUAAUAUCCUGUCCGUGGAGAGCAUCUCACUCUCUGGCCUUCUCAACGCCAUCGACGGCGUUGCCUCGCACGAGGGUCGUAUCCUCAUCAUGACCACCAACAAGCCCGAGUCACUGGACGAGGCCCUCAUCCGACCUGGCCGUGUCGAUGUGCAGGUGGGAUUCAAGAAUGCGACGAGUAUUCAGUCCACUGAGCUAUUUUACCGCAUGUACGAGACUUCUCGACCUAAUCCUGUACUCCCUCUCAAAGAGCAGACGUCUUCCAAGCCAACUGCUACCACAACCACCAAGGCACAGAACGGAAGCAUUCUCGGUCCAGAAGACAUCAAAAACACCGAAGAAGACCUCCCACCCAAAGAACUCAAGAAAAUCUCUGAAGAAUUCGGCAGGCUCAUCCCAGAAGCCAUGUUCUCACCAGCCGAGAUCCAGGGGUUCCUCCUCAAGCGAAAGAAGAGCCCCCGCAAGGCUCUGGAGGAUGCAGCUGGGUGGAUCGAGGCUACCGUGAAGCAGAAGGAGGCCAAGUCCAAGGUUGCUACUGUUCAGUGA